CAUUCAACAAGCCCAGACCAGGGAUUACUAUCAAUCAGUUGUUGUGAGGGGAGGCGACGUGGACGGGCUGGGGAGCUGCCUUUGUAACUGAACAGAACUUCCCCCUUAGAGAUGGAGCGGGUUUGUGCCUCCCAGCCAUGUCCUCUCAUUAGUACUCAGCACUGAUCCCGUCUCACUGCCAGCCCAGCACCCACCAUGGACGGGUUAGCCGUUGUCUUUCUCAUUUCCCUGGGAAUGUUCCUGGGUUGUUUCCUUUUGGGAUUGAUUCCGCUCGCAGUGAAACUUUCAGAGAAAAAGCUGCAGUUUGUGAGUGUGCUGGGUGCGGGUUUACUUUGUGGUACGGCUCUGGCUAUAAUUAUACCAGAAGGAAUUGAACUACUUGAUGGAUCAUCAAAAGGUGGGCCACCUCAAUGUCAAAACACAGUACAGAAUAUAAACCACUCAGAGUCUAGCACAUCAGCUGAGGAUGUGGCAGAGAAUAGUGGCUCUGUUCCACCUCACUUCUUCAUUGGCGUCUCAUUAGUUCUGGGAUUCAUACUUAUGUUCAUAGUUGAUCAGAUUGGAAGCUAUUGCUCAUACCAUGAUCCCAGAACAGGAAUGUCAGCUGGCACCAGUAUAACUGCGACGCUCGGGCUGGUGAUACAUGCAGCGGCUGACGGUGUGGCCCUUGGAGCAGCUGUGGCAUCAUCUCAGGUUUCUGUACAAGUCAUUGUUUUCUUUGCUGUGAUCUUGCACAAGGCUCCGGCUGCAUUUGGGUUGGUCUCGUUUCUCAUGCAUGCCGGCUUGGAGAAGAAACAGAUUCAGAAGCACCUUUUAGCAUUUUCUUUGGCUGCUCCUUUGCUGACCAUUACCACCUACCUGAUCCUGAGCAUGACUGGCGGUUCAUCGCAGCACAAACUGAGCGCCACAGGGAAUGGAAUGCUGUUCUCUGCAGGGACAUUUCUCUAUGUGGCUACGGUGCAUGUGUUGCCUGAGAUCAGCGGCAGAGGUCAUCAUCAGCACCACGGAACAUCAGAAUACCGACAUGGCUUGGGCCUUUUAGAGAGCUUUACACUUGUGGUCGGAGCUGUCCUGCCACUCCUGCUGUCGCUGGGACUUCAUGAUGGAUGACAAAAAAAUUGUUUCAGAGAAUUUCCAAAUGGAACAUUUUUGACUAAUUGCUUCAUUUGCAAAUAUCUUGCACAGUUAACCUCUUAAGGACAUAUGACGGAAUUUUUCCGUCAUAAAACAAUUGAGCAAACACAAAGCUGUGUCCUUAAAGGGUUAAAGGUCUGGACAAACUGGGCUGUUAAACAAAAAAACAAAACACUGUUUUGUUUCUUUUUUCUAAAAAAAAAAAUGUUUUAUAACAGAAUAGCAGUUGUAAUAUUUUCUUAUUGUUAUACUUAUAGAUAAAAGACUUUAAAAAAAAAUGGGUACAUUGAAUGUUGACCUUUUUUAAUCUUGUGAAAUAGAUACCUUCUAUGUUGGAAUAUAUAGAUAGAAACCUUCUAUGUUGGGAUUUCUACAGAUUUUUCACUGUAGCGAAAAGAAACUGACAGCUGUUGCAGAAAGUUCUUUCUUGAAAAAAAAAACCAACUUGUUUACUUGUGAGACGAUUUGUUUUUAACUAUUAGAUAAAUUGUAUUUUUCUAAUAAAAAUGUUCUAUAAUUUUAUAGAACACAUAUCUAUA